AUGAAUAGGUCUGGUUGCACAACAGGGUACAGCCAAUGUGUGCGAACACCGCAGGUUGCCAUAAGCGGUUGCAUGCCAUUACCAAGAUCACAUUCUUUCCUUUACCUCAUCCGUCCCAUCUCUCCCUUCAUAAAAAUGGAUCCUCCAUUUCAAGAGAAAUACAGAUCCCUCUUCAACGAUUAUACCAUAGUAUCAAAAGACAAGGAUGAUAGUCUAAUGAAUGCUAAUGAUGAGUGUGAGCUGCCUCUCAUAGAUCUUCAGCGUUUGAAACUUGAAUACUCGGAGAGAGAGCAAUGUGUAAAGGAGAUAAAGCAGGCUGCAAGUGAAUGGGGAUUCCUUCAAGUUGUCAAUCAUGGGAUUCCACAAGAGAUGUUGAAGAGCCUUCAAUACGAGCAAAGGAAGGCUUUCCAACAUCCGUUCAGAAAAAAGGCUGAAGACAACAUUCUGAAUUUGUCUGCAAAUAGUUACAGAUGGGGAAACCCUAGAGCCACUUGUUUGAGGCAGCUCGCAUGGUCAGAAGCCUUCCACGUACCUCUCACUGAUAUUUCAAGGAUCGGUGAUGCAUACAAGAGUCUCAGUGCAAGCAUUGAAGCUUUCACAACAACAGCUAACGCAUUAGCUAAAGGCGUGGCAGAAAUUCUGGCUGAGAAUCUGGGAGUUUCAUCCACUUUCUUUGAAGAGAAUUGUCCAGAAGAAACUAGUUAUCUUCGAAUGAACAGAUAUCCGCCAUGUCCAUUCUCUUCUGAGGUCUUUGGCUUGAUACCUCAUACCGAUAGUAGUUUCCUCACUGUACUAAAUCAAGAUCAGAUUGGAGGAUUGCAACUAUUGAAAAAUGGAAGAUGGAUUAACGUUAAACCUAAUCCAGAAGCUCUAGUGAUUAAUAUUGGUGACUUAUUCCAGGUAUUGAGCAAUGAUGUUUACAAAAGCAUCAAGCAUCGGGUGCUUGCCCCCCAACAAGUUGAAAGGUUUUCUUUGGCAUUUUUCUAUUGCCCCACUUAUGAGACUGUGAUAGAGAGUAGCAUCAAGCCAUCAAAGUAUAAGGAGUUCACAUUCAGAGAGUUUAUGAUGCAGAUUCAAAGGGAUCUUAAAGCUACUGGUGAUAAAGUUGGGGUCUCAAGGUUUCUUCUGUGA